UUAUUACACGAAAAACCAUUUAUUUCUGCAAUUGGACGUAUUUUGGAUAGAGAAGAAAAUUUAAUUAAUCAACAACAAUUAAAUAAGAAAAUUCCAAGUCAACCAAUACCCUCACAAAUUUCUUCAGAAAAAUCAAAACUUUAUGAACAAAUUGGACGUUUUCAACAAAUUAGAUUUGAUGAGGUAUGUGCUUUGGCUUUGCGAACUCCAACAGACAAAGAAAUUGAUUUUCUUAAGGUUUGUUUUUAAAAAUAUUUUUAAUUAA